UAAAUGUUUCUGCUCAAGAUAAAGCUACUGGAAAAGAUCAAUCUAUUACUAUUGCUGCUUCUUCUGGUUUGAGUAAGAAUGAAAUCGAGAAAAUGAUCCUUGAAGCUGAACGUUUUGCUGAUGCAGAUCGUGAAAAGAGAGAACUUAUUGAAUCAUCUAAUCAUGCAGAAUCUGUAAUUCAUGAAACUGAAAAGAAUAUAGAAGAAUAUAAGGAUCAAUUGGACUCAACAGAAUCUGAAAAUAUUAAAUCACAAAUUCAAUCUUUAAAAGAAAUGGUAGCAAAAGCACAAACUGGUGACGAUACUAUUAAAGCAGAAGAAAUUAAAUCCAAAGUUGGUGAAGUACAAUUAGCUAGUUUAAAAUUAUUUGAAAUGGUAUACAAGAAGCGUGAAUCUGAAAAACGUGGAAGUGGUAAUGAUGAAAGUAGCGGUAAUAAUGAAGCUGAAUAUCGAGAUGUUAAAAAGGAUGAUGAUAAAUAA